GACAAAAUGGCGUCCUCCAUAGCCAUACCGAGACGGGUGCCUCUACUCUUAGUAGCAGAAAAUGUAUUACUACCAGGUUCCUCGAUGCGAAUUCCAGUCAGAAGCAUCAGGAAUAUGACUAUGGUGAAGAGCCGUCUCCUUGGACGAAAUACACUAAGCAGUACUGUCAUUGGCGUCAUUCCUAAGGAUCCAUCUAAGGAUGAUGAGGAUGAUGAGUUAACAGCACUCCAUUCAAUAGGCACAGCUGCUGUUGUUGUUCAGAUAACUGGUACCAACUGGCCAAGACCAGCAUACACAUUACUUGUUACUGGAUUGUGCCGGUUUAAGGUGGAAUCAAUACUUCAGGAAACACCCUAUCCUAUUGCCAUGGUUACACAGUUGGACAAACUUUCUGACAAUGACCGAGACGAUAUGGAUGAAAAUCAAGAGCUCACUGCAUUAGCGGAGAAUUUCCGUGACCAGGCUGCCAAACUUGUAGAGAUGCUCGAUAUCUCAAUCCCAGUUGUUGCCAAGUUGAAGAAAAUGCUUGAAAAUCUGCCGAGUCAGCAUCUUCCGGACGUGUGUGCAGCCAUUGUGAAAGCUUCCUACACGGAGAAGAUUCAGGUGCUGGAUGCCGUGGACCUGACGGACAGGUUCAAGAAGGCUCUUCCCCUGCUGAUGAGGCAGAUUGAGGGUCUAAAGCUUCUUCAGCGGGCGCGGAAGGAUGGCAAGGUGGAAAUUGUGACGCGGAAGGAAGGGUCAAGGCCAACCAACAUGCGGAGUCUGUUCCGGAAGCUCAGCACAGACUUGGAGGAGGAGGAUGGAGACAACGAGUCGGAUGACCUGGACCUGGAGCAGAAGAUAAAAGCGGCCAACAUGCCCGAGCAGGCGCACAAGGCGUCGAUGAAGGAACUGAAGAGGCUGAAGAAGAUGCCGCAGCACAUGCCGGAACAUGCAAUGAUCAGGAACUACCUAGAGUUGAUGGUGGAGCUACCGUGGUCCCGGCAGAGCAAGGACGCUCUGGACAUCUUGCAGGCCAGGAAGGACCUGGAUGAGGACCACUAUGGCCUGGACAAGUUGAAGAAACGUGUCCUGGAAUACCUGGCAGUCCGCCAGCUCAAGAACUCCCUCAAAGGUCCCAUCCUUUGUUUCGUUGGUCCCCCAGGGGUGGGGAAGACCAGUGUGGGACGGUCAAUAGCCAGCACACUGGGGAGAGAAUUUCAUAGGAUAGCACUUGGGGGAGUGUGUGACCAGUCGGACAUCCGGGGGCAUCGGCGGACCUACAUCGGCUCCAUGCCUGGUCGCAUCAUUCAGGGGCUGAAGCUGGUCAAUACCCACAACCCUGUCUUCCUGCUGGACGAGAUUGAUAAACUGAGCAAGAGUCUCCAUGGUGACCCUGCCGCUGCUCUGCUGGAAGUCCUGGACCCGGAACAGAACAACAACUUCGUGGAUCACUAUCUGAAUGUUCCAUUUGACCUAUCCCAAGUGCUGUUCAUCGCGACCGCCAACAACAUGUCGACCAUCCCGCCAGCCCUGCUGGACCGCAUGGAGCUGAUCCAGAUCCCAGGCUACACCCAGGAGGAGAAGGUCAACAUCGGCGUGCGCCAUCUCAUGCCCAAACAACUCAAGGAACAUGGACUGAGCGUGGAGCAGAUCCAGAUCCCUGAGGAUUCCAUUAAAGUUCUGGUGUCCAAGUACACCCGUGAGGCGGGAGUGCGUACCCUGGAGCGGAGAAUUGCGGCCAUAUGCCGGGCCGUGGCGGUGCGGGUUGCGGAGGGCGUGUCCAGAGCUCGGCGUGAGAAGUUGGAGGCCACCCAGGGGGACAAGAAGAAUAUUCCCUCCGAGAUUCUGUCGGAGAAGGACUCCCACGAGGCCUCCACACUCGCCCACCCUCCCGAAAUGCCGAUAGUCAUUGAUGAAGCUGCCAUUGAGGACAUCCUAGGGCCUCCAAUGUAUGAGAGGGAGAUGUCGGAGCGCCUGGGCCAGCCGGGUGUAGCUGUGGGGCUGGCCUGGACCGCCAUGGGGGGAGAGAUCAUGUUUGUGGAGGCUACCCGCAUGGAGGGAGAAGGGAAGAUAACUCUGACAGGACAACUGGGAGAUGUGAUGAAGGAGUCUGCCAACCUGGCUCUCAAUUGGGUCAGGGCCAAUGCCAAGAGGCUGAACAUGAAGUCUGACCUUCUGGACAACACUGACCUUCACAUUCAUUUCCCUGCUGGGGCUGUUGGAAAAGAUGGACCAUCUGCUGGUGUUACCAUAGCAACUGUCUUGGUGUCACUCUUCAGUGAGCGAUGUGUUCGCUCUGACACAGCCAUGACAGGGGAGAUCACUCUCAGAGGACUUGUUUUGCCAGUUGGCGGUAUAAAGGAGAAAGUUUUGUCAGCACAUAGGGCAGGAAUUAGACGCGUGAUCAUGCCCCGCAGGAACGAGAAGGACUUGCAGGAUAUCCCUUCUAACAUUCUGAAAGAUCUAUCUAUUGUCUUGGCAAGUAAACUGGAAGAUGUCCUUAAUGCAGCCUUUGACAGCGGCUUCCCAUCCCUCAUGCCUUCCCCACAGGAAGUCAGCAAGCUGUAGCGACCUUGACCCUGCAGAAUGACCUUGACCUUGCCUUGGCCAACCAUGGAUCUUUCUUUACCAUCUGGUAUUCACUUAACAGAUUAAAUUUGAUGCUUUAAUUUAUGGAAUGGAUGAUUCCUUCAGGUUUAUGAAAAUUGUAUUGAUAUGAAGGUGAAUAUAAACGUUGCUCCUUGUCGCAUCAGUAUAUUAUCUGAAUAAUGCAGCCUGGUAUCACGGAAAUGCAGCCAAUGAAUAUUGAUGAACCUGGAGUGUGUGUUGCUGAGGUUUCUGAUAGAAGUUGUCUUGGGUGGAGUGAGUGAAUGUUGUUUAAUGCCACAGUCUGUAAUAAUCCAUCUGUAUCAAGGUCUGUAAGUUAUCAUGUGUGGAGAAAGGGAGUGAGUGAGUGAGUUUGGUUUUACGCCGCUUUUAGCAAUAUUCCAGCAACAUCAUGGCGGGGGACACCAGAAAUGGGCUUCACACAUUGUACCCAUGUCGGGAAUCGAACCCGGGUCUUCGGCGUGACGAGUGAACGCUUUAACCACCAGGCUACCCGACCGCCCCUGGGGAAAGGGAGACCAGAUCUAUGUCAGACAGCAUUAUCAGCCAGGUUACAGAUUGUCACCAGACACCCUUCAUUUGGUAGACUUUGUUACUAUUUGUUAUCUUAAGAAGUUCUGUUGGAGAUCUAUUCUGCCCUGGAGUACCCUUGAUUGGUUGGUUUGUUGUUUAACGCCGCACUCAGCAAUAUUCCAGCUCUAUGACGGCGGUCUGUAAAUAAUUGAGUCUGGACCAGACAAUCCAGUGAUU